ACUCGACAAGGCACCAUGCUGUCCGUCAGCUCUCUUGCAGCUUCUCUUACGCUAUUGAGUACUAUCAAACUUUGAGCCAUUGCGGGGAUCGUCUCCAGUGAAGGGAUUGAAAUAAAGCCAUGUCGCUACUGCACCGAUUCCUGUUUACCAACGUAAUUCUACUGUGGACGCUUCGACCAACCCACCCACUCUCUUUAAACCGCAUCGAUCUUCGAUUCAGCCCAUGCGAUUUAUCUCGUCUUAAUCUCUAGGUUGCGAAACCUAGAGAGUGCAUCUCACUCCGACAUAUAGCAGCCGUGCUACAGCCGUCUAGUUCCGAAGAACGCUCUUUCCAACCCACACCCCUACGGGCCUACCUACUCGAUUCACUCCUUUCAACAUCACUACAAUAAUAUUACGAUGGACGUCAUUAGAGAUAAGAUUUUGCUGCCGAGAGUUUCGGGAAAUGGCGAAGAACGUGGUCAGCGUGCACUGGUGGUAACAGCCGUGCUCACCGGCUUUGCAGUCCUUGUCGUUGCCUUACGGAUGUAUGCGCGUCUUGGUUUGAUGAAGUUGAAGGGUCGUGAAGAUUACACGAUCCUCAUCUCCCUGGUCCUGGCGUGUACAUAUCUUGGACUGGUUGGGGCUGAGGUACAUUUCGGUCUUGGAAUACACUCUGAUGAGCUUCCUCAGCAUGUCUUGAAGGAGCAACUCAAGCGACUAUGGGCCGCCAUUCCAUUCUACAAUGCCAGUCUGAUCUUCACCAAGUUCUCCAUCCUUUUCCAAUAUUUGCGCAUCUUCCCAGACCGCCGUUUCCGACUGGCAUGUUACGUUGUGCUAGGCAUAGUAGCCACCUACGGGACGUGGGCGGUUGUCAGCGGUUUCUUGAACUGCGUCCCCGUGUCCAGGUUCUGGGAUCGCACCGUUUCUGGGUACUGCCUCAACUUCGAAACGGUGUGGUUCUUCAACGCUUCCAUGAACAUCGCCACCGACGUGACCUUGCUGCUGUUGCCAAUGCCUCUUCUGUCGCAACUGCAGCUUCCGCGUACGCAGAAGCUUGCCCUCAUGGGUGUUUUCGCCAUUGGUGGACUUGUGGUCAUCACCAGUAUCCUGCGUCUCUCCUCUUUGCACGCCGUCUCGCAGAGCAAAGAUACAUCUUGGAGCAACGUCGGUGCCGCCUACUGGACUGCCGCCGAAUGCAACGUCGCCAUCAUCUGCGCAUGCCUGCCUUUCCUCCGCCCCAUUGUCAGCCGCAUCUUCCCCAAGUUCCUGUCCACUGACAGCUACAACCGCUACACGCGCAACCCCACCGUGUCCAUCAGCCGCAUGACCGCCACCCGCAUGACCGCGCACUCUCACCGUCACAAGGUCGAGCUCUACUCUCAGGACCGCGACUACUACAUGUACACGAUCGACGUCAAGUCCGGCGAGGCCAGCCACAUCGGAGCCGUAGCCGAAAAUGCCUUAGGCGGCAUCGAGGUCACGACGACGAUGGUGCAGGAGUCGUCGCAUCACGGCGGCGAAUCCACAAGCCAGCGCCGGCUGGUGGUGGAUGUAUGAUGAGCAAUGUUUUACUCUCGCUUCAACGAAUUUUUCUUAUUUGACUCAACCUUUUUUGGAACACCGAUUUGAUGUUAUGCAUACGGGUUCAUC